AUGGGAUGUGCAUUAGCGCCGAACUUUCCAGCGCUUCUUAUUUUCCGGUUCUUUUGCGGAUUGGGAGGCUCAGCACCAAAUGCCAUAUUGGGUGGUCUAUUCUCUGACAUCUAUGAAGAUCCCCACCAGCGUGGAUUAGCAAUGUCUUGGUUUAUGUUUGCAACAACAUUCCCGCCUCUGCUAGGACCGAUUAUCUCGGGCUUCAUUUCAACCAUUACUUGGAGAUGGACUUUCUGGGCAGGCCUUCUCAUCGCGGCUCCUGGGUUUCCGCUUCUGGUUACCAUGCCUGAGACAUAUGUUCCAGUUUUGCGAUUGAAGAAUGGGAAUUCUGGCAACAAAAAAGAUAUUUCAGACCAGAAGAAUCUGGGUCACCUUCCCGGUGGAGAUUCAUUCUUUUCUAAAAUGAGCGUUGUUCUCAGUCGCCCAUUCUCGAUGUUUUUCCACGAAUCGAUUGUCUUUUGUUGUUCGAUGUACCUCGCGCUUGUUUACGCGACUUUAUAUUUAUAUUUCCAAGCCUAUCCUAUCGUCUUCCAAGAUUUAUACGGUCUAUCUGCUGGGAUUUCUGGACUGGCUUUCCUGCCAAUUCUUCCGGGGUCAAUCAUGGCAUUCCUCGUCUUUUUCUUGUACAGCUCGCACCACAGCAAAGCAUUGAAAUCCGGAAGGUCCUGGGCCAAAUUAGAGGAAUAUCGCCGCCUACCUCUUGCUUGCAUUGGUGCACCGGCAAUCCCAAUAGCUCUCUUCUGGCUAGGAUGGUCUUCGAGACUCUCCAUCCACCCAGUGAUGCCGAUGAUGUCCGGAGUUUUCUUCGGGUUCGGUUAUUUGUUGAUUUUCAUCGCACUCAUCAACUAUCUCACUGAUGCAUACAAGCAAUUCUCAGCUUCGGCCGCGGCUGCGGCGAGUACAUCGCGAUCUAUUUUUGCGGUCUUUCUGCCUAUGGCUACAAAUGCUAUGUAUACCAGAUUGGGGAUUGACUGGGCAAGUUCCCUGCUGGGCUUUUUUUCCUUGGCCAUGGCUAUCAUCCCGUUCGUGUUUAUUAAAAAGGGUGCUUGGAUCCGUUCAAAUAGUCGAUUCGCACAAAUAGCGCAAUAG